UUGAUUCGUAAGGACGGGAUCUCUAGGGGUUUGGAGGAAAAAAUUCAUCGACAUGGACCUCUUGGUAAAAUUACCUUUUUGUUUUCUGUGUUCUCAAGCACUCUCUGGUUUGAAAUUCAUGUCGUUUUCUAAAUCAUACAAGAUCCAAGAUACUUCAAUCACGCGUUUCUUUAUAUCCCAACGUUUUAAAAAAAAAUCAUGCGAAAUGAAACGGCCAUUAUCCAAAAGCAAGGUUUCCUUUUGGGUGUGGCUGGAUCUCGGUCAGCUAAGAUUUUAACCAAGUCUCGGUCGAGUGACACAACAUAUAAAAAAAGAGAGGAAGAAACGAAACUAAAAGAAAUUUUUGCACGAGCCUCCACGUAAGGUAUCAUGAAUAUAGCACCGUUAGCUCUCGGUUGACUGAGAUUUUGCAAUCCCGCUUUUAUUUUUCCAUUUUUGUUUUGUUUUGCAAAAUCUAGCUCUAGACCGGACAAUGCCAAUCGAGUGCACCCAUGAUGGGCCAAUGAUUUGCCUUUUUCACUUUUUAGGGGCGUGAGCGCAAAUACCGGCAUUAUCCGAGGGCCUGCGCGCAAAACCCCAACCACCAACCAGACACGCACGAGAUCUUCUUCUUCAGUCCAAGGAGGGAAAGACGACUAUUUUCCUCCGCCUCGAUCCCAUCGCCGUCUCCCCCCCACACCUCGAUCCCGCCGCCGCCCCACCCACCAUGGCGCGGGCGAAGCCGUCGUCGGCGGCGGCGAAGAAGAGCCAGGCGGCGCAGCAGGGCGGCGGGGCCGGGCACGCGGCGCCGUCCGGGCUCGCGCGGUACCUCGACCCGGAGGCGCCGUGGGACAAGGACCGGCUGCUGGACGCCGUGCACUGGAUCCGCCAGGCGGUGGGCCUCGCCUGCGGCCUUCUCUGGGGCGCCGUCCCGCUCGUCGGCGCCACCUGGAUCGUCCUGUUCGUGGCCAUUUCUUCUGGCAUAAUUUACUGGUACUAUGCGCACCUAUUGAAGGUCGACGAGGAAGAAUUUGGAGGCCAUGGCGCGCUGCUUCAGGAGGGGAUGUUUGCAUCUUUCACCCUUUUCCUGCUUUCAUGGAUUCUUGUGUACAGUUUGGCUCACUUUUGAUGAGAAGCUCCUUUGUUGAACAUACCGUGAUAUGGGAUCGGAUUGGCGGAAAAAAAUUCACCAGAACUCUGUAGAUUAUUGAAGAGCCCUAGAACAGCAUUGUAUGGAAUCGGUUCAGGCAGUCAUGUUGUCUCUGAAUCCCAGUGUAAUUUUGAUAGAACAUCUUAGCAUACCAGUUGUUGGCAGAACAUGUUCAGUAUGCUUGACAUGUAACUAUUGGAUAUCAUUCUCUUAUGUCGAUUCAAUAAAAUGUUUUAACAUGUAGAUCAUCA